AUUUGGUUUCUAACGAUGAGGAAACGCUGUGUACUAUCUGAUGUUAACAGCUGUUCUGUCCUGCAGGAUGAACAUCCAGCUGUUCCAGAAUCAGCUGUGAUCGGAAUCCCACAUGACAUCAAAGGGGAAGUACCGUUUGCCUUCGUGGUUCUGAAGGAGGAGUUUUCUGAUGACCCCCCCGUCGUCCUGCAGCAGCUCAGAGAACUCAUCGCCACCAAAAUCGCCAAAUACGCCGUCCCCGACCACUUCCUGGUGGUGAAACGUCUGCCGAAGACUCGCUCCGGGAAGAUCAUGAGGCGGAUCCUCAGGAAGGUUGCCACGGAAACCACCGGCGACCUCGGCGACGUGUCGACUCUGGAUGACCCGUCCGUCGUCACCGAGAUCAUGGACGCCUACGAGCUGUACAGGAAGCAGCGAGGAGCAGAGGAGAAGAAGAAGAAGUAGGAGGGACUUCCUGUCUUUCCAAAAUAAAGACCUACAAACAUUAAAAUAAUAAACAGAAGAGAAGAGAUCAGAGUUUAAGUUCGUCCGUAAAGUUACAGAGUUUAGUUUAGUUACAGUCUCUAAUUUUAAUAACA